CGCUCGAAAUGUCAGUGAGGUAGCGACUCGUUAUACAAUGUGAAUUGUUAGUUUAUCCUGUAUGAUGUAGCCCUGUUUGAUGUGUCCCGAGUGUGUAGCGAGCGAGCGCCCGCGGCGCGAUGUCAGUGGCCGAGGAAAAUGCUAUCGGCGAAGAGAGGAAAACGGGUUACGGCGAGGACAGCACGGAUAGUGACAAUGAAACGGAGAGGAAGGCAUUGCUCCGCAGGAUAUCAACCAGCAAAUGCGUGGGUCGUCUGCCGGUGGUCAAGGAAGGUUAUUUGAUGAAGCAGACGCGCAGCUUUCAGCGGUGGCAGCGGCGAUACUUUAAGCUGCGCGGGCGCACACUAUACUACGCGAAGGAGAAAGAUAGUCAACUUUGGGACGAGCACGAACUAGAAGACGCAACAUUUGCAGAGUGCAGCAUCAGUAACGCAAACCACAGCUUUCAAGUAAUAACAGCGAGCCGGUGUUUAGUCCUGUGCGCGGACAGCCGCGGGGAGAUGGAGGCAUGGGCUGGCGCACUACGAGGCGCAUUGCAUCACGGAGCAGACGUCGCGGAUCUUGUCGCAAGCCUGUCAUCUGGAGACCAUCAUUGGUACACUGCAACGCACGCUCGGCCAACGUUCUGCAAUGUGUGCCGAGAACCGCUCGGGGCUCUCGGCACCGCACAUGCACUUGCCUGUGAACUCUGUAAGUUCAAGGCGCACAAGCGAUGCGCCGCGCGAGCGCCACCGUCUUGCAAAUGGAGCACGCUCGCCUCACUCGGACCCCAUGUUGUUGAAGAUCCGGAAAGUAAUAUAAUAAUGCCGCAUCAGUGGCUCGAGGGCAACUUGCCAGUGGCUGCCAAGUGUGACGUCUGCGACAAAACCUGCGGCUCCGUUCUUAGGCUUCAAGAUUUUCGCUGCAUUUGGUGUCGCAAAUGUGUCCACGCGAGCUGUCGACCCAGCUGGCGGGCAAGUUGUUCGCUCGGACCGGCGCGAGCGUCUGUCGUGCCUCCCACACGACUGCACUCUGUAGGACCAGACGAUGGAUGGCUGCCGGAUAGACCACCGAAUGCGUCACCGCUAAUCGUCUUCGUCAAUUCUCGGUCUGGCGACAAUCAGGGCAUUAAGUUCCUCCGUCGCUUCAAACAGCUUCUAAAUCCUGCUCAAGUAUUUGAACUGAGUGGAGCGGGUCCUCGCCUUGGACUCCGACUGUUUCGACACUUCGCGCCAUUGAGAGUGCUAGUCUGUAGCGGUGAUGGUUCCGUAGGCUGGGUACUGCAGGAAGUAGACAAGCUGGAUAUGCAUCGACAGGUGCAAACAGCCGUUCUGCCCCUGGGUACGGGUAACGAUCUAGCGCGAGUACUAGGCUGGGGCGCUUCAUGUGACGAUGCUGCAAAUCUUCAGCAAUUGUUGGAAAGAUACGAGCGAGCUUCCACCAAAAUGCUUGACCGAUGGUCCAUAAUGACGUUCGAGCGUGCAUUGUCAGUUCCACCGCCACCGCCAGCUCCACCUGAUUUGCUGGAAGAAAGUUCGCUUCUAAGAAAUCUACAAGAAAUCGUACAGGCUGGCGAGUGUGGUGAAGGUGAGACGAGCAAUGCUCGUGCGGCACUUCGUUCGGGCUGCGCGCAGUUGGCCGCGGUGGGGGAGCGCGCGGGGGGCGGGGCGGCUCGAGCGGCUCACCGCCUACGCCGCGCCUUGUCGCUGUUGCUCCAUGCGCGGACGCAUCUCGCUCACGACCACGCACGCUGCGAAUCUUGGGAGCCAAUGGACACCAGUGAUAGCGAAACAGAAACACAACCAGCCGAAAAGGGCAGCAUCGAAAAGACUGAAAAGGAGCAGCUGAACUGGGCGGCGGCGGCGCGCGGCUGCUCGCUGGCCGGACGCGCCGACAGCGUGCGGCGCGCGCUGCACUCGCUCGUACGCACGCUCGUAAUGUUCUACCCGCAGGUAGGUUCGAUAGCUGGUGUCUCGCAGGACGCGAGUGCGGAGAGCGGCGCGCUGCCCGUGCCGCGCGCCUUCGCCGACAGCCGCCGCUCCUCCGCCGGCUCCGCCGUCUCGGCUGCCUCCAUGCAACCUGAAAACAUUCCAGACGUAGAUGAAGAUAUAGCAAAAUUAAUAAGUUCAAACCCACCAGAGCAUUCAGAUAAUUUAGAUGUCAAUAAGCGUGACCGCAGUAAGACGAGCUCCAUUUCGCCUCAGGACCGACAUUCUCCUUCGAUCCUGUCAUCCUGUGAUACCAGUUCGUGCAAAAAUCUCUUAAGGCCUGACUUAGAACGUACUAGUGGCACUUUUAAUAGCAGUAGUCUUACCAUACCUAAUUUAGUUAUCUCAGAUGAUAGUGAUAAGCGAGAUUCGUUAAUACAGGGAGAAACUUAUGAAUCGGACCAAUUGACUAUAAUAGAUAUCGACAAGCCGUAUACCGACGACGUUCACUUCCAAGAUAUAUGUGAGCGAGCGGCGCCAGAGAGCGGUGACUGCACACCUGUUAGAAAACUUUCUAGUAUAGACUUGGAAAUAGAUGCGACCAGUUCAGAGGGGUCCAACAUUAGCGAAGAUUUUAGUUUAAUGUCGGAGAUCAUGGAUAGUAAACCGGGAGAAGUCGAAGAAGGAUGUGGUAUAGGUCACAUCGAUUCGCCAGAAGUUUCAGAAACUACGUAUAUGAAUUCGGAAACAUUGCAUGGUGAGUCUAUUAUGGAUGAUAUAAGCUCGAUGCUCGGCCAAGAAGUACUUUUAGCUAUGAUGGGGAAAAAUGGAGAAAAUGAAACGUACACCGAUGAUACCACCUUGUUCACAUCAGAUACGGUUUCUGAUAUACCUAUGGAUAGUAGACACCCUAGCUUGGAAAAGAAAAAUGAAAGCAAAAAAUACAUAUCCAAAAUCAAAAAACCAGUGGAGGCCGAAGUGGAGAAAUUUGGUUACGAAAACAGAGUUUUUUACAUAGAGAAUGCUACUAAAAAUGAAGAUCAAAUAAAAUAUUGUAGUUUAGCGCAAUUCGAAGAAGGAAGUGAUAUAGCAAGAAAGUCUUUUCGAAAGCAAAUGAGAAAGAGUAUGAAAAAAAGAAUAACAGAUGAAUCAAAACACCUCUUGCCUAAAACGACAGAAGAACUUACAAAGGGUAAUGAGACUCCGAACCCACAAAGUCCUCCGAAAAUUAGAGUUCCACAAAAAGUUAUCCACAAAAAACUAGAUCCAGAAGAACAAAUGCCCCCUUUCCCUCAAGUAAGCGUUGUAGUUGAGCCCCCAUCACCGUCACACAGUGAGGAUAAAAGCAUGAAGAACUGCCAAAGUCGUAUGGCCUCAGUACUGAGUGACAUAUUCGAUCAAGGAACAGACACACUAAGUGUUUACUCGCCAGAGCCAAACCUCAGAGAGAGAGAAAGGCGGCAGUCGGAUAAUCCGAAACUUUUAGGAUCUGAUCCAGAAUACGGUCAAUUUUUAAGUUGCUCUCCGGCCGCAACGAGAAGGAUAUCAUGCGGAAGCCUUUUUAAGCCAGGAGAGGCGGAUAACAGGCUAUCAACAUCAGUAUCUUCGAUAUGGGGAGAAGGCGGUACCAUUGGCGGCAGUAGUAGCAACAACAAAUCAGAUUCUAGUGAGAAAGCCAAAAAAUUGCCAAUCAUCAACCCACUUGUGCAGCUGCCAGCGUGGCCGCACGUUACACAAGGCUUCAUCAGUCAGUGUCUUUUAGCUAAUGCGGAUGCACUAUGUGCUGCAGUAAGCCCACUGAUGGAUCCAGACGAGACGCUUCUAGAAGGUUUUUAUGAGCGUGCUGUGAUGAAUAAUUACUUUGGUAUUGGAAUUGACGCUAAAAUCACACUGGACUUUCACAAUAAAAGAGAAGAACAUCCAGAGAAAUGUAGAUCAAGGGCAAGGAAUUAUAUGUGGUAUGGUGUUCUUGGGUCUAAGGAAUGGGUGAAUAGGACGUACAGACAUCUCGGUCAGCGUGUGCAACUCGAAUGUGACGGACAAAGGAUACCCCUUCCCGAACUUCAGGGAAUUGUCGUUUUAAAUAUACCAUCCUUCAUGGGAGGAACUAACUUCUGGGGAGGAACGAGAGGGGAUGACUUAUUUCUUGCCCCGUCGUUCGAUGACCGGAUACUCGAAGUAGUAGCGGUAUUUGGAUCCGCGCAGAUGGCAGCGUCGCGCCUCAUUAACCUGCAGAAGCAUCGCAUCGCGCAGUGUCGCGCCGUGCAGAUCAACAUCCUGGGCGAGGAGGGCGUGCCCGUGCAGGUGGACGGAGAGGCGUGGCUGCAGCCGCCCGGCUGUGUGCGCAUCAUUCACAAAAACAGAGCGCAGAUGCUCUGUCGCUCGCGUGCCCUCGAGACCAGUCUAAGAGCUUGGGAUGAAAAACAACAACAGAAAGCACACGCCGUUGUUCCAACACGCGAUCUGGCACCCGCAGAAGCAGCUCACUUGCUGAUCCUCCUUGAUGACGUCAACACUAUCGUCAAAUACGUGAAGCUUGCGUGUAUCAGCGAGAGUGCGCCGGGACGCGUGUGCGGCGCGCUCGCCGUAGCGCGGCGCGUGGCGGCGCAGGCGGACGCGCUGCAGGACGCCGACGGACAUCUGCUGCCACCGCCUCAACUCCGAAGGCUUCUCGCCACGCUGGUGGAGAGCUGUCACGAGCUGCUCGCCAGUGGCGCCGACCUCGGCAGCGCGGCGGGCGGUCUGCGCGCGCACCUCGCACGCUGCGUGUUGCGAGAGGGACUCGCCUACAUACAGGCGGAAGAGAUUCCAAAGAAGUCCAGCAAAUGGCUGCGAAGCCGUCGAAGUAUCUCCGAAGGUGGAACGACGUCAACUCAGACGGCUGCACAAGUACGGUCCUGGGGAGUGAAGGAAGUUCAGGCAUGGCUCGAGACCAUCGACCUUGGCGAGUAUUCCGAAGCGUUUGCGAAGCAUGACAUCACUGGUCGGGAACUCUUGUCUCUAGCGAGACGGGAUCUUCGCGAUCUCGGCGUCACUAAAGUUGGUCACGUAAAAAGGAUCUUGCAAGCGGUCAAGGAGCUUCAGUGACGAAAACGUGGCCGUUCUGAAGGGAAUGGCCAUCUCUAGGAGAGUGUAAAGUUAUUCUUUCGGACCUAAAUCUAAAAACUAUCCUGUCCUGUAUUAGAAUUUGAAUAGAAGUCAUAUUUCACGAUAAAUAUUUCGAAAGAAUAGCUAGAGAUUUUCCUGUUCUAUAAUCAGUUUUGUACUCGGUGUAAGUCCAGUUCGAUGCCCCAAUUAAUCGAUAGUCUACCAAUUAUCCUCGAAAAUUCUGCAUUCGUGCGAAAGAUUUCGACAAAUCAUAUUACCAAGCAAUAAUUUGAAUUAAAUUCAUAUAAAGUAAAUAUUCAAUAUUAAAAGUUAAACUUUAUAGAUAACGCCAUUAAAAUAUAGGUAAGAUUGAAAAUGGUACCUACUUCAAUAACUAUAGCUGGUGUGUUUAAUUAAUAUAUCGUACUGUCGCAAUUGUCACCACUAUCCCCACUACGUACCCUAAAGAAACCGAAUUAUUUUCAUUUAAAAUAAGACGAAAGCGUUGAAAAAUUACAUUUAGAAUAUUUGCGUGAAUUAUCUAGUCUAAUAUAUAAAAAAAAAAUCGUUCGCAAUAUAAUUUUGCGUCAAACGUUACAUAUAAAAACGUUGCGCUAAAAUUCGACCUUCAAAUACUCUUCGAACUCAACGAAGUUUAUCGUAAAAGCUUUAGUUUUUUUUUUUAAAGGGGUGAAAUAUUUGAGAUAGUUAAACAUCGAAGUUUUACCUCUUCCGAGCUAAGUUCCUCUACCAACGAAAUCUUUAAUUAGAUUUACAAAUUUAAUUUUAACACUCGUAACUUUUGAUAUAAGUAAAAUAUUUUCUUAUAUAAUAUGUAUUUCAUUAUCAAAAGAUAGACGUGUCAUUACAUUAUUUUUAUCGGACGUGGUGUAAAAUUUUUACACGCAAACUAUCGAGUUUCUGCUGCAAAAAAAAAUCAAUGAAAAAAAUCCACAAACAUAAUAACAUAUUUCUUAUUCAUGUGUACCAGAUUAAAAUAUAAGUAUUUGUCAUUGUCAGACCCAUCUCAACCAUGGGCACUCUUGGACUAUCGGUGAGCCGCCCCAGAAGUAUUAAAAAGUUUAAAAGUAUUUUUUGGGGAAGAUCAGAUCGCCAGAACACUGCUUACACCCGGGGGCUGGGCAUUGUAAAUAAAGGGAGACAUAAACUAGGAUUCUACAAUUUGUGUAAAGGAUGCCGGAGAAGCGUACGCUACUAGAUUUGACCAAUGAGCACGCAUGGUGUUUGUGUUGGCUGUAAGAUGGUACCAA